AAGUAAUAUAAUAUCUAUUAGUCAAUUUCUUUUCUACCUGUAAUGUGAAUUAUGCAUUAAUAAAUGUAUCUAAUAAUGUAAUUACAGUUAAGUUAUAUUCUGGUUAUGAACAUUAUUAUCCAAAAGUAAAAAACACAUUUUUAUUACGAUUUAGUCAUCAUUUAAAAAAUGGUGAUGUAACUAUAAUUUGAAUUUUCAACCAAAGAUGGAUACCAGUCGCAAUACAGUUGCAGCCAUAUUAGAAGAAGUUAGAGAUGAUGUGCAUAGUUCAACAAGUCCUUUAUCACAUCCAGCACAUCCUACUAGCACUAAUGAUGCCAAUAAAAUUGUUAUUUAUGUUCAAGACAAAAAUCGUUUUGUGAAAACUGAACAAAAUGAUUUUUUUAAUCAUAUAAAUGAUCAUCCACUUUCUUCAGAGAACUUCAAUAAUUUACGUCCAAUUGCAGCAAGAGUACAAAGGAUAUUUGCAUCUUUGGGCACUGUUAGUCAAGGUCUACUUGCGGGAGUAGCAUUGGCACAAUUAUUCUUGGGUGAAGCAUCCCAUCGAUCACCAUUAAUACUGAUGUCAUUUUUCUUUUUGUCAACUAUAUGUAUGUGCACAGUUCUGGAUAUUUUUGACUUGUAUAGAUGUGAGAGCUUCAAACCAAAAUAUAUUUUAGUAUUAUUCUUAAGUGUAUUAACAGCUUUAGCUGCAUUUGCAUGUGCUACAUAUGAUACAGCUAUUAUGUCUGGUAAAGUUGAAGCUAAAGUCUCGGAGACUUGGCGAGCAUUAAACUGCUGUCGAUGUUAUGGAGCGGUACUUGGAUGGAUUAUUAUUAUCAUUAUGAAACCUAAAGAUCAAUUAGCUGAGUUUCUGAAUACUGAUUAGUUUCUUAGUUAAAAAAAUAAAUAAAUAGAUAGAUAAUGUUUAUAUGAAAUUUAACUUAAAAUAUUCACUAUUUUACAUUUGAGUUAUAUGGACUUGGAGAAGACGAAUGCUAGAAAUUCACUGGUCUGAAAAUCAAAUACAGUGGUUUAUGUUGAUGAAUUUACAAAUUGAUCCAUUUCCUUGAGUCAUAGUUUGGUUAAUGUGCGAAGCUAUAUGACUUAAUACCUAUAUGAUCUCUACACUAAUCAAUUAUAUCAAUUCAUAUUGAAUUAUUUUUUUAGGUGAUUCCAUUUCACGAUUUUUUCACUAUGUAUAACUACUUAAAAUAUUGUCAAUCAGUAGGUGCCAAUUAAAUGAUUAGUUUUGGGACUCAAUAUUUAAUGAUUGAGUAUGAUAAAUAAAUCAUCUACUAUAUAUUAUAUAAUAUUUAAAAUGUUAAAUUAAUUUUAUAUAUUUUUUAAUAUAAAACCAAACCACAUUUAUA